ACUACAAGCAAAACCCUAAAAGUAACCAUGUCCAUUCAAACCGUUUAUUCCUGUUUUAUAUUAGAAGCCGUAAAUGCUUACAGGAAAGUGGCAAUUUAAAACUGAAUGAAGGGAAGUAGUUAAGGAACUUGAAAGGCGGAAAGCAGGACUGCUUUUAAAAGCGGAGGAAAAAUGAGGAACUGCUAGGGCAGGCUGGCCUGCGCCCAGCUGUGCAACAGGCGCUUUUGGUUUUAACCUAUUGCGUUCUUCAGUGCUGAUUUAGGCUCCAGACUUGCUCUGGUGUUGUCUUUUCUUUUCCUGUAAAGUCUUCACUGUGAGUUUGAGGAUGUUGUGGACAUAAGCCUUACCGGAAGCAACAGUUUGGCAGCCUGGGCAGUACAUUCAGGUUAUUAAUUGCAACUAUUAUUAUUUUGAUGUCUUUUUUUUUUCCACCCCCCCAAACCCAGGCCAGCCACUUUUUACUGUCAUCCAUGGAAGGGCUUUUAGUAACCGCCUCAGACUUUUGGGACCUAUAAUUCUUUGGCAUGACUCUUCGGAAAGUUCUUAAGUGGGAUGGAGCAAUCUUGAUUUGAGUUGUGGAAAAAGAAGACAGAUUUGUAUUCUUCAUGCUGACAAAAAGUAGCUGCUAUGACUUUUCCGGCAACGUGGAUAGGGGCCAAGUGAAGCUGAACUGGUCAUGGUCUGUCGUCCAGUGUUCCUUUGUCGUCGGCGAUUUUGCCCCCGGCCUUUCUUGGUGGCUUUGGUGGUGGCAAUCUGUCUUUUCUACCAGACCCUGACACUCCGAGGGACGAAGAAGCUGCCCGGCACUGUCCCUGGGGCUGCCCCAAACACACCCUCCGAAACCCGGGCAGGCAGAUGCAAGAAAGGAUUCUCUGCGGACAAACAGUGCUUCCUUCUCUCCGGCGACGCUCAGGAAAUCAGAAAGAUUGAAGAAUCAAUUGAGACGCACUUUGGCAGCCAUGGCAGAAGGGCCAUACUCUAUAGGCCUCCUUCCUACAGCGAAACAGAGCUUCGGCUCCACCAGUACAUUCUCACUCAACUUCAGUACACAGUGCUCAUUGCUGAAGAAAGGCUUGGUGCUGACCCUGGGCUGGAGCUGCUAGAAAAAGGUGAGUUGGGCUCUUGGGAUCUGCUCAUUUGCCUGUCUUCUAGGGAAGCUGGUGGAAAACCCUGCAUAUCCAAGGAAGACAUGUGCCAGUUAGGUUUACAUCAAAAGGUGAACAUAUUACCAGAAAUACAGCAUCAACUUUGCAGAAAGGAAGGAUUAUGUCAAAUAAUUACACGAUUUCCAGAACUGCAACUUCUGGUGAGCCCCUCUGUGUGUUUGGACCAGAGCACACAAUUCAAGCUGAGUACUUGGAGUCGCCUCUCAAAAACAGUGAAGCCACAUGUAUGGAAACCGUGGGCCUGGAGACAUGAACAGCUGGCUCAAACAACAGUUCUUGCUCCACAUGAAGCAGUCUUUAGAGCUGAAGAUCUAUCUGUGAUUCUUAAAGCAUAUGUGUUGGUGACAUCUUUAACCCCUUUGCGUGCAUUUAUUCAUUCAACUGGGACAGUUUGGAAUCCACCAAAGAAAAAACGCUUCACUGUUAAGCUGCAAACCUUUUUUGAGACAUUCCUGAGAGCCAGUUCACCUCUCCAGGCUUUUGAUAGCAUGAAGGAAGCAAUUAGCAAACUCCUGCUAGCAGCUGAAGUCUUCAGUGAAACAUCUACUUUAGGACCAAAGGCCUUCAAUAGAUGCAGAUUAUGUUUUCAACUUUUAAUUUUUGAUAUUGGUUACGGCAGUUUCAGGUCCCCUGUAGUGCUCCAGGUGCAUGAGCAUUUAAAAUUUCAAGAUGAUGAUUAUAUGGAUUUUGAGGACCAAAACACAGAAGAGUUCCUUUUAAAAGACACUUUCCAAUUUCUAUUCUCUAACAAAUCUUCUUUUUCCAUAUUUUCUGAGAUAUUUCAGAGACUUUACAGAUCAGGUGUAUUUAAGGGUGAAAACUACAAAAAGGAACUAAAUCAAUGCCUACCUUUAGAGGAGAUUAACUCAAUUAUGACUUUCAUAAAGGAACUUGGGAAUUUGGGACAAUUCCAACUGCUCAUCCCAUCAACUUCUCCUGGGAUUCGAUCUUUGAUACAUGAAUUUUAUGAUAUGGCAAAUCCUAUGGGAAAACCUGGUUCAGUCUGGACUCAAUACUCCUCUCUUUUAAAUGUGUUUGAUCAAUUUCAGCUCCUGAAUAAAAAGGCACAGUUACAUGCAUUGGAAUGGAAUUCCUUCUCAGAGGAUGAGAAUUUUGAAAAACCACAAGUACCAUUUGAUGAAACUGAACAUAAAAAAGUUGUGCUUCCACGAAUUAUGAAUGCAACCAAAGAAGUGCAUUGCAGGAAUGAUGAAGAUAAACAAUGUCAUAUCAAGCAGAUCUUCACACAUCCACAUUUGGAAUUAAGUCCUGAAUUUAACCCGAAGAUCAAAGAUUAUUACUCUGAAGUCCCAUUUGAUGUGGUAACAGUAACAAUUGGAGUGGAGACUUCUAACUGUCAGUGCAAGGUGUACCUGCAGGAACGGGCAGGGCCAAGCUUUGCCAACUACCCUCUGGGCUUAGGAGCAAACAAAAUCUCCGUGCUUGUGGUGGAUGAAUCUCCAGCCCAGGGUGAGACCCUGAUCACAUACAAACUUACCAUCUACCGAGAAGACCGUCCAAGCCUGCCUUUCUUUGAAGACUUCACAGCAUGUGGUUUUGUGCAGGACUGUGGUUUGCCAAUCCAUCCGGAGGAAACCUGUGGGUUACUGCCUAUUCCCUCUGACUACAUUGAAGCCAUUUCUCAGCCAGAACUAAAACUUUGUCAGUCUGGGGACACAAAAGGCCAAUGGAUUGUGCCUUGCCUUAGUUGUUCAGACAACAGAACCUGCGACUGGAGAGAAAUCACUUGGCAGCCCCACAACUGCCAAUAUGGAGUCCUAACUAAGUCUCAGUUGCAGCAGUGCCUGGGAGGAAGGAAGAUUCUUUUCAUUGGAGAUUCAACCAACAGAGGGAUAAUGUACUAUCUUAUUGAAAGACUGAAUGAAACCUUGCAGGAAUGGCAGAAGGUGCAUGGCACUAAAUUCUAUCACAAUGUCAACGGUGGGAAGACUUCGAUCAGUUAUUCCUACUACCCUCAGUUCUGGAUAAACCCUUCAUUGAGACCAACAUUUGAAAAAGCACUUGAGCAUCUCUUGCAAAGAUCACGUCCCCUGGAGAAUUCAGGCCAGACUAUUUUGGUCGUUGGUGGUGUUCAGUGGCUUAAUUCCAAUCACCUGCAAAUUAUUCACAAGGUUUUGAAGAGGGAAAAUUUACUCAAUAUCCUCGUGAUCAUCAAAACGUUGGGAAUUGGAUUUCAUCUGCCAGUGGAUGGAGUACAUUUCUUAACACAGAGUGAAGUUCAGAACUUAUGGAAAGAAAACUUGAUUAUUCUGGAUACUGCAAAAACAUAUGGCUAUGAAGUGGUUGACACAUUCACUAUAACAAUGGGGCGAUACAAAGAGUUUUUGCAGGGGAACUGUGGAUGCCAUUUCCAUGAGGUAGUUAAAUCAAAGUUAUCCAAAGAAAAUCACUUUAUUAAAAUAAAACAAUCAAGAAAUCAUACUGUGGGAAGAUAUUUUGACAAUCAAAGCAAACUACAGCAAGACUCUGUAAUAAAUGCUCAAUCGCCAUAUCAUGUCAGAGGUCCAAUUAAUCAGGUUUGCUCUGAAAUCCUACUCAGCAGGAUGUGUGUGAGUAAAGGAAUUGUGUAGACUCCCUGGAGGAGGACUGAAUUUGGACUUGAAGACAACCACUCACUUGGAUCAUCGCCUAAGAACCAAAAUCUGUGCAUCGCAUGUAUUUUAGAUUCCCCACAAGCACCCAUGCACACACACCAAUGCACACAUAGCUGAAAAAAGUAGUAACACGUUUUUCUUACAGCUUUAUAAAGUCAAGAUGUGCACUUAAAAUCAGUUCGUUAUCUAUGUGAAUGACAGAGCUAGAAUGGAGAUAAAAUAUGAACAAGAACCCUUGUGGGCUAAGUGUUGCAUUGUGAUAAUCAAGAGAAAUACAGCCCUGGCUCAGUUGUUUGGAGCGUGGAGCAUCAUCCUGUAACCGAAAGGCUGCUGGUUCAAUUUCUGGUUAGGGCACAUGCCCAGGUUAGGGGUUCAGCUGGGGUACAUGCAGGAGGCAGCCAAUCGUGUCUCUCUCUCCAUCAAUGUCUCUCUUUCUCCCUUCCCUGUCUUUCUCAAAUGAGAGUAAAAUAAACCUUAAAAAAUAGAGAGGGAAAUACAGAGACUUGAAUUAUGUGGUAGAAAGGAUAAUGCUCUGAGCAUUGUGUUACCUUCUCUAUUAUUACAUUAAUAUUGAAAAGAAUAAAAAAAGUAACUACAUUCCACUUGCAAGAAGGGAUUGCGCCUGUGUCGUUUACCAGGAGAAAACAUUGGUGUUUAUGAUGGUUUCAGCUUUGUGAAUGUAAUGCUUAUUAAAAAAAUCUUUUUACCUAUGCUUUUUAAAUUCUAUAACUGAAAGGAAAAGAAUGCGAAUGCUCCACAAGGGAAUUCAAAUAGGUUCUAUGAAAUAUAUAAGAAAUGUAAUAAUUUACAGUUAAAACACCAGUAUAUUUAACUUUGCACUGUUUGCAAUUUUCAUUAACAUUCCCUCCUAUCCUGUCCCUGAAGUUGGAUGGGUAACUGCAGUCUGAGUUGAUUAAAUAUGUAAUUCUAAAGUGUGAAACAAAAUGUAGUUCCUCAUGCAUUACUUUGUUUGUUUAAUUGAUUAUAUUGUUUAAGAAAGAUUUGGCUGCCAUUAGAGCCCUAUAUAAUGUAAGAUUACAAUUAUGUUUUAUGUAAAUGUUUUGCAAAGCAUUAGGCAUUCUGAAGUGCAUAGGCAUUUAUUUCCAUAAAGCAUUUGUAUACAUCCACAAAUACUCCUAUGUUACUAGUAACUAUAUUUCUAUUUUUCUGAAAAAUUGUAUCUAAUCCAAAUUUAGGGUAGGCAUAAAUUGCUUUUAUUAAAACUAUGACAUACAUAUAAAACAUCUAAGUCUAGUAUUGAGAACUAUUUCUUCUAUAUUCUAAUUUUGAAAUAGUAAAUUUCUUUAUUUUACAAAUGCUUCAUUGUGAGAUAACAUCUCACCGUUACAAUGGUUUUUAAAGGAUUAUUUUCCUUUUGGGGAAAAAAAAAGAGCUGGGAGGAUUAAUUCAACACAUGGCUGAAAUUACCAAAUGUACAGAUACCUCAACUUUAUAACCUUAUAAAAAUAAAAUUAUUUUGAUCAAUCAGUUCCUUAGUAUGAAUAUCCACCUACUUUAAAUACUCUAUUUUUAUAUAUAUUUUUAUAUGAAAAUAACAUGGAUUUAUAUAUAACUGUCUUAAAUUAUAUUUAAGCACAAAUAUCACUGAUAUAAGCAAUACAUAUAUGCAUUUGAUAGAUGAUAGAUUUUUUAAAAGAAUGGUAUAGAAUUCACUUUUAAAAUGAGUUCUUUUUCAUAUCUGCAGCUAUAUGUAAGCACCAUUUUUAGGUUUUCAGUCUUUUUUUUUCAAUAAACUAAGAUGUUGCCAAUUCAUGCAGCCUCUCCAUUGAGUUUUAAUAUAUUAGAUUCUCUGUAACAGGGUUAUAGUCAAUGGAUGUUUCUUUCAAUUUAUUGUCAACCUAAUUGUAAUAACUCUCUGCCUGAGAUUUGUCUGGUAUUUACCUCUUCAUCAUUGAAAUAAUAAUGGAUUUUAGACACA